GUUAAUUGGCUUUUUAAUUAACAGGUGAGUCGGCCAAAAUGGCGACUUUUCCCGAAGGUAAACACGACUGACAGCUUUCAAAUCCACACCGAAAAAAUGAAGAUAUGUUUCUGCGUGUGGUGUGGUGUGUUGCUGUCGCUCCUCGCCUCACCUCUCUGUGAUCCAGCGCCGACAGAAAUGUUUCGGACUAAAUGUCUUGAGCGUCACUUUUGGCUUUCUGUCAAGUCCAGCUUCCUCGGCCAGAUGAUCCGCUUUGACUUUGAAGACCAGUAUGGACUCCACCGCCUGUCUAACCAGGAGGCCGCUCUCUGUGGUUACACCAUCCUAAUCGAUGAUGUCGGAGACCUUGUUUUUCGUGCCUCAUUCCUGGCCUGUCACGUCUACAGUGAGAGAAGCACUGAGUAUCACCUGCGACUUUGGUUUGUGAGCCUGCAGGAGGACGAGAAGACGGCGGCGUAUCCUUUCCAACUCCACUGUUCGCUGCAGGGGCGGUGGAGCGCCAGAGAGAUUGUCUGUGAGGAAAACUACAUGGAGGUGUCCGUCCGGCAGCCUGUCCUGCCCGUUACAUCCACACAUGAGAGGAAGGGAGCCGAUGAGUCCGACAUGGCUGUGAUGUUCCACACGGUGGACCGGCCACCAGAGGAAGCGAGGGUCUUGUCCCUGAUCGAGGCUGCUGCUCUGGGCUACCACAUCUCACUGCGUGGCUCACACCUCACCCUGCGCUGUCCUUACUCCUCCCCUCUCUCAUACUUCAUCAAGGAGAAAGGAGUGGAUUUAGAGAUCGUCAGAGCAACCAUCCUGUACCGACUCCAGAGCAACUCCCUGGCUGUUGACACCACCGUCGCCUGCGCUCUCAAUGAGGCGACAGCAGAUGGGUCUGACCUGCUGUGGACAGUCCCUUUCGUUAUGUCUCCGUUAGUCCACGGUCAGUUCAAGGACAGAGGCACGAGGAUGGGAGUGAACGGCCGGGCUCUGAGUGAAUCUGAAAAUAAAGAGAGAGGAUUCAAGAUCAGUUUGCAGGAAGAGAGAGUAGAGGUCAGGAUCCCUUUGGGAGCCGAUGGUGGACACAUUAAGAGUGGUGUUGUGAAGGGACAGUACAGCCAGUCCAUGUCAGUGGAUCUGUUCCUCAUGAGACAGUGGGCGGACGAGCGCUGGCCUCUCACACAGCUUCGCUCCUUCAGGCUCCUUAAAACUCCUCCAAUCCCACAACUCCCAGUCUUCACCAACAACACAGUCCCAUCUGAGGGAUUGUUUUCCGUCACUUUAGGCCUCUUUACGUCUGAUGUUUCCCUCCAGAAGGUGACAGUCGAUGGCGGUGGUGACCUUUUAAUUUGGACCCAAACACAGAGCGACGCAGACCUCAGUGUGUCCAGGCUUUCCCACUCCAACGGGAGUCACUCCUACCAGCUUAGUUUACCGUCAUCACACCCAAAAAUAAUCCCAGAGAACACAGGCGGUGGCUAUAAGACGUACAGCCUCUCUUUCACCUUUAUUCUAAACAUCGUACCCAGUGGAAAGGUGUUUUAUCAUAAGGCCACUGUCGAGCAGAGAGUUGAAUACGCAGCUCCGAGUUCCCCAAAGCUGGAGGGGAAGUGCACCGACGGCAGCCUGCUGGUGCUGCUGCACCACGGGGCCCAGGCCGAGAGCCACUGGGAUCUCUUCCUGGGAGCCCGCAAGCUGGACUGGGACCUGGUGGAGAUGGGAGGGUUCAUGUUAGAGGCGGAGGAGGACUACCUGACUGUGGAGAUCCCCUUUGACAGUCCUGGGCUGAACUUUGGGGAGGUGACAUUGCAGGGUCUCGUCUCUGGAGUGGAGGUGUCUGUUGUGGAUGCAGAGUCUCUGAAAGUGGAGGACAGUCUUGUCCAUAAAUGCACCUUUCCUGUUAGAGAACUAUUAGUAUGUUUGCCAGAAGGGAGGAUGGUGGCAGUGGUCGACACCACCCACACCGUCCCGCCCACUCACCCCAACCGAACCACCCUAUUGGACCCUAACUGUGUUCCCAUGGAGACGGACAGUGCUCGAGCCUUGUUCAGCUUCAGCCUGGACUCCUGUGGGACGACUGUAACCAUGGAGGGAAAUCUCCUGGUUUAUGAAAACCAGAUCAGUUACCCUCAAGAUUUUCUGCCUUUGGAUGAUCCACUCAUACACAGAGAUUCUCCAUACAGGCUGACAAUUCAAUGUCGAUACCCAGCAAACCAAAGUAGUACUCUCACCAUCCGUCACCCUUUAAACUCCUCUCUGGACCUUUUCACCCAACCAACUCAGGUCAAAGAAAACGGACGGUGAAUUUGGAGAGAUGGUGAAAUCUUCAUCUGGGCGGCGUUGCUGUAAAACAUGAACAACUUAUGUUUAGAUCAUCGUUAACACUGUGCAGAAAUACCUCAAUCUUACGUUGUAUUGAUAUAUUAUGGAGAAGUUGGUGCACUCAUUGAAAAUAAACAAAAUAACAAUUAGAAAUGUGAUAGUUGUAAUGUAAAGAUAAUAGUCAUACUAAUAAUUAUGAAAGGUAACAAUGGCAAUACUGAUGACCUAGUAACCAUUUAAAUAAAUGUUUGUCUUAUUAACUAACAUUGUUGUUG